GGAAGAAUGGGUCAUUUCCUUUCUUGAAUUUAAGAAAGAGGGCGAAAGGAAAGAGCUUUCUUUGAAUUACUAUCUAGAAAAUGGCUCUAUCUAUGAUGUACUCAGCUGUGCCAAGGAGGGUUCUUUCCACCGGCGAAUUCACUAUCCACUCUUUGGGAAAACUACCCUCACUAACAAUUUCACCCCAUCCGCGCCACUGCUCUCGAUGCUAUUGCCGGAGUUCCGCCGCGACUGCUUCGCCGGCGGGCGUUUCGUCUUCUGAAGCCGAGAUAGAGAGGCAGGUUAUCAGAAGCACCGAGCUCGUGGCCAUGGAGUACGCCGAACUCAAUCUCACUGAUAAGUUCUGCGAGGAAUUGGGGCGCUUAAGAAUAAGGCAACAUGUUAAUCCUCUGCGCUCUUCGCUCUUGGUUCCUGCAGAAGUGCCAAACUGGAAUGAGGUAUAUAAGGACACAUCGCUGCCACUAAUGGUGGAUAUAGGAAGUGGUAGUGGCAGAUUUCUUAUGUACCUUGCUAAAAGAAAUCCUGAAUCCAAAAACUAUCUGGGACUGGAAAUUCGUCCGAAAUUGGUUACACGUGCUAUGUAUUGGGUAAACGAGCUGGGUCUCAGAAAUAUACACUUUAUGUCUGCAAAUGCGACGAUUUCCUUUGAGAGAAUUGUAUCUACAUACCCUGGACCCUUGGUGUUAGUUUCUAUCUUGUGCCCCGACCCUCAUUUCAAGAAAAAGCAUCAUAAGAGAAGAGUUGUGCAAAAGCCGUUGGUUCAAUCCAUAAUUGAUCGUUUAGCACGUGGUGGACAGGUCUUCAUACAAUCUGACGUGCUUGAGGUGGCUCUCGACAUGAGAGAUUACUUUGACACUAUGUCCAACGAGCUUAUACACAUCGACAACAUAAACUCUAAUGUUGUUUGUGACAGUAAUGGAUGGGUAUUAAAGAACCCUAUGGGGAUAAGAACUGAAAGGGAGAUUCAUGCAGAGUUUGAAGGCUCCAGCAUUUACAGAAGGGUGUAUGAAAAAGUUCAACAACGUUAAUUUUGCAACGGGCAAUCCUACACAUGAUUCUGGCCGGGAAUCGCUUGGUUUCUCGUUUUUGUGGCUGUUAGCACUCACACUACCACACUUGAUGGAUGGCACUGUAACUUCUGAUGUGAGUGAUUUUGGGGUAAUUUAAUUUUACUGUUUGCUUGGAGAGUGAAGAACAUGUAAAGUUUGAUCCUUGGAGAGUGAAGAGCAUGUAUCAAUGGAUGAUUUUGCAAUCCAUGAAUGAAAGGUU